AUGCCUCUCCGAACACGUCGUACUUCUAGACGAAAAAUUCCCAAGUUCUUCUGUCUCUUACUUCUGUUACUUGUGCCAGUUUGUGUAAUUGGAAUUUAUGUCCAUGGCCAAAAGGUUGUCUAUUUCUUCCGACCCAUUUGGGACAAUCCCCCUCCCCCAUUCACAUACAUACCUCAUUUUUACGCCGAAAAUGUCUCUAUGGAUCACCUCUGCCAGCUUCAUGGUUGGUCACUUCGUUCCCAACCUCGCCGCAUUUUUGAUGCAAUUAUCUUCAGUAAUGAGUUAGACUUGUUAGAGAUUCGAUGGCACGAACUUUAUCCAUACGUGUAUAAAUUCGUGAUCCUCGAGUCCCAUACCACAUUCACAGGCAUUCCAAAGCCUCUUUUCUUUGCCAAAAACAAGGAAAGGUUUGCAUUUGCUGAAGAGAAAGUUGUCCACGGCUCGUUUCCUGGUCGAAUUUCUGACCAUGGAUCAAACGAGGACCCGUUUGUGCUCGAGUCAGAUCAACGUGGAGCCAUGAAUACAUUAAUACGCGGUGCGGGGAUUUCCAAUGGUGACAUUCUUCUCAUGUCAGAUGCAGAUGAGAUCCCAAGUCCUCAAGCUUUGCAACUUCUUCAAUGGUGCGACGGAAUUCCUCCUAUAAUGCAUCUUGAACUGAGAAACUACUUGUACUCGUUUGAGUUUCCCGUAGGCUCCAUCAACUAUAAACCCAGCGCCCACGUCUAUGGUCCUCGGACACAUUACCGACACUCGCGUCUGACUGAUCUUAUCUUAUCAGACGCGGGAUGGCAUUGUAGCUUUUGCUUACGACAUAUUUCAGACUUUGUCUUCAAAAUGACUGCUUAUAGUCACGCAGAGCGUGUCAAACAGAAAUCUUUCCUUAGUCAUUCAAGAAUUCAGGACAUUAUUUGCAAAGGAGCUGAUCUUUACGAUAUGCUACCUGAAGAAUACUCCUUCCAGGAGUUGCUUAAAAAGUUGGGGCCAAUACCACAUUCGACAUCUGCGAUUAAUCUUCCAGCUUACUUGAUAGAAAAUGCAGAUAAAUUUAAGUUCCUUCUUCCUGGUGGUUGUUUAAGAACACCAGAAUGA